AACAUGGACGGCAUACCCGAAACGUGAUGACGCUCGCUGUGCGGGUGUACCAAGAUGGAAGGCGAGUUCACCACGGUGCUGUAAAGGGAGCAGAUAAAGUCCACCUCCUUGGUCAGUGCGUCAAGCGCAGACGUGUCGUAGAGCCCUUUAACUGUGCGGCGCGGGAACGCCAAGUGCCAAACAGGUGCGCAGGGAUUCUGUUCGCGGAAGUAUAUGGGUCGUGGGGGACAUGGCACUAUCAACAACCUGGGACCGGUGUCUGCAUCUCUGGAUAAGUGAAAACAAUAGCAUAAUUGCCGCUUGGAAACUGAUUGUACGAAACAAAGACGCCAACAUAUUAACUGACAAACAGAAGUGCUAUCAUCUCAUGGACCAACUAUUCCGGAAAAUGAAAGAUUUGCACCCUGUCAAACAGCUCACAUCACUGGAACUAACAGUUGCUUACAAUCUGGUAAUUAUGCACUUGAAUGUGGAACUAUGUGCAAAGGAAGAGCAUAACCAACUAAUAGGAGGUGUGCUAGCUAGAGUAUUGGAAGCCCACCAUCUUGAUUGCAGCAAGGAUGGCUCCUUUUCCCGUUUCUGGAACACUGCUCUGUCUGCUAACUGUUUGUUGGAGCAUGCCAACAUCAUCCAAAGUUUGGCUGGAUUGCAGGCGUUAAUCUGGUGGACACAGAAAAAAUUUCAGGAGGUGCUGAACUUGUUUCAAUCGAAAGCUACAUUUCCGAUUACUGACCAGUUUAUCCUGACCAUUGUACUCAAAUCUUGGGAGAUACCUGAUGAAGAGAAUAAGAAUAUUAACAAAGUGUUCAAACCUUCCUUAAUUAAAGAUAUUGUUUAUGCAGCUGUAUCUUUUCAACAAGGUGUCGUUCAAAUGGCACAGGAGGACUAUGGCACUGCCCUUGAUCUGUUCCAAGAAGCUGCCGAAAGCUGUGCAACAAAAUCACUCAUGGCUAGAAUUUUUAAUCACCAGGGCUACUGCUUUAUGCAGAAGGGGUUGCUUCACUUGGCGCUGGAGUACUUAAAGUCUGCUAUUCAGAAGAAUCACAAGUGUUACAGUGCAUUUUAUAACAGUGCACUUGUAUACAAACAUCUGGGACGACAUAAAGCUGAGGUGGAAACGCUCUUUAUGCUCGAUUGUUGUCUUGCUGAUCCCAGCGAACCAGUUGGCAACAUUGAUGAAUGGUACUACAUCAUUGCAUCAGAUGCCUUUAUGGAGAUUGAAAGCUCGAGUCAAGCAUCUUGGGUGCCAUCUCUCUCUGAAUUACGAUAUUUGCUUGCACACAACAGCUUUAAGUACAAAAUGAUUGAUCAGGCAGCUGAUUAUUAUAUGACACUCAUUCGUUUUUUAAGGGAGGAGAUGAAUGAAGAAAUGAGUGCACUUCAUGUUCCCAAUAUGGCUCCCCUUCCACCCAUUGCAGAGAUUUUGCUUGAAGCAACAGAAUGUUUAAUACAAUCAGAAAGAUUACAAGAAGCCAUGGUAGUGUGUGAAGAAUUGAUCAUAAAGACCAAAGAUGUGAUCCCAUGCAGGAUGAUCAUAGAUUGUGCAAAGCAUGUAGAUAAUGUAGUCAAUGAACAACUAAAUUGCAUCCUGUGGACAUCUGCUGCACAUCUAUUAAAGGCUAAACUGCAUGCACUGGAAGAUGAACCAAAGACCUCAAUAACUGCAUACACCAGGUAGAACAAGGGACUUUCAUACAGAAUUACAUAGGUUGGUGCUAACAAUGGACCCAUAGCUGUACCUUAUGGUUUGUAUAUCUUUCCAUUUAAUAGAAAAUUGUAAAUAUAUCCUUCCAAGUAACUUUCUAUGAUAUGGUAGGUUUGGGUGAGAGGACUGUCUUAGAGUUAAU